AUGCUCUCGAAUGAUCCCGACAACGAUCUGCGCAAAGUGAGGGCGCACAAUUAUUCUUUCGUUCUGUACUACUUGACCCGGAAUGAAAACCCAAGCACCAUCCGAGACAUUCUUGCUGCUCAUCAUCAGGAAGACCUCGUUUUCGUCCUCCCGCGGUUCAUUGCUUCACCAGAAGACAACAGCCAUCCUUUCGAUCGGAGAUCGUCGCUCUGCUUCAAUGAAAUUGUUGGCAUUUUUUCCCCAGACCAGUAUGACAACUCUCACAGUAUCGAUCUGCGAACAAUGCUGGAGUUCUUGUGA